AUGUCUACUACUACCAUCACAGAAGACCGCAUCGAGCUCACGAGCUUUCAUGGCACUUCGCAACCACCGUCAAACAAGAUCUUCACUCCAACUUCCAGACCGUCGUCUUUGAGUCACAUCCAUGACGAAAUACCGGACAACGCAGCCUACUCCGUCACCGCAGUACCAGACGGCGGAUACGGAUGGAUAGUAGUCGCAGGCUCCUCAACAACAAGUUUCUGUAACAACGCCAUCAUAAACUGCUGGGGCGUCUUACAAGCCGCGUUACUCGAUUCAACGCUAAAAGACGUGCCUCCAUCUACACUCUCCUACGUCGGAUCUUUGGGACUCGCAGGCGGCGCUUUGUACGGACUAGGAGCUGUCCGUCUCAUGAGACUGAUAGGUGGCCGGACAACAAUCCUCCUCGGUGUCUUCCUCAUGGGCUUGGGGUUGAUCGGAGCAAGCUUCUGCACGUCCAAUCUGCCUGGUCUGUUCGGUACGUACAGUGUCAUUGGCGGUAUUGGGAUGUCGCUCAACUGGACGGUCUGCAACACAGUCCCCGUGCAGUACUUCAGCGCUCGUCUCGGUCUCGCAAACGGUCUUAUCAAGCUGGGUGGCGGCGUAGGCGGCUGCGUCAUGGCAGUUGCGUUGAACGCCCUGUACGAAAAGGUCGGUAUCGAGUGGACUUUCCGCAUACAAGGUCUGCUUACCUGGGCUAUUGGUCUUCCGGCUGCGUGGAUGGUCAAGGAUCGUGUGCCGCUGAGGAACAUACCUUUUGUCGAUCUCUCCAUGUUCCGGUCUCUUACCUUCAUCGCCACGUUCGUUGCAAGUGCCAUUGGUGUAUUUGCGCUGUUCGUCCCGCCAUACUAUCUGCCACUAUUUGCGCAGUCGAUUGGUCUCAGUUCUAGUACUGGUGCUGCGCUCGUCGCUGCGUUCAAUGCCUGCAAUGCCAUCGGUCGGUUCAUUGCAGGUCCUCUAUGCGACAAGUUUGGCCCACUCAACACCUUCGUCAUCGUCAUGGUGCUCAACGCCACAAGCAUGCUUGCGAUCUGGCCAGUCUCAAAUACUCUCGGUCCACUCGUACUCUUCGCAAUCCUGAACGGUGUUGCGAACGGCGCGUACUUUACCACCCAGCCAACGGUAGUCGCUGGUAUCUUUGGCCCUGGAAGAGCUGCCGUCGCUAUGAGUAUGUCGGUCACUGGUUGGAGCGUGGGGUAUCUGAUGGGUGCGCCAAUAGCUGGUUAUUUGUUAGAGGCCGCUGGUGGUAGACAAGGUGCCGCAUCGGGUCAGAACAUUGACGUAUAUCGCCCUGCCAUCUUCUAUGCUGGUGGGACGGCGACUGUGUCUGCAUUGUGCGUUCUUAUUGCGCGGCUCACGGUGACGGGGAAAUUGCGCAAAAGGGUCUGA